AUGGAAGCUUCUCCUAGGUAUCCUAUUGUUUUGCCCUGCCUGUGGAUUUUGACUUUUUGGGUUGGAAGCAAGAACCUAUGCAUACACUGUGUAUGCUUAGUAUUGAUUGCUAGCACGAGUCUCGAAACUUGUGCAACCAAGGGAUCGGUGGUGGUGAACAAACAAUCAAGAUGGUGGUAGUCUCCCGUAAAAAAGGUUCGGCUUCUUCCAGCUCUUCUAGUAGCAGCAAUACCAGCGAUGAUUCAACAACCAAUGAAUCCGAUAGCUCAUCCAGCUUCGUUGUAGGAGAAAACUCGGCACUCCUUCAGACCAUCCUCAAGGAACUCAGUAUCUCCCUUGACACAUCCGAUGGUGGAAGCGCCUCUUCGAGAAGCACAAAGGAAAUACAAAUCAAGUCAUUGCUGGACGCAUACUCUGAUACAGUCACUCAAACUGACAUGACAGCCACAGGAACGAAAGGGGACACGACGGUAGCAGAAGGAACCAGAACCGAAACAGAUACCAGGACAUACACCGACGAAACCGUUACAAAGACAGGAAUGGAGGACACUGGAACAACAAGGACUGAGUUAGACAGCAUUGCAAUGGAGACCGCUGAUAGUGGCAUUUUUGGCCUUGGAGAAGGAGAAGCUCGUGAGUUAUUAAAGCUUCUGGAAACCAAUAGCCAGGACACAAACCCACUGGUCAUCGGCCCUCCUCGGUUGCAUCGUAAAUCAAAAGCCAUGGACGACGAAUCCGCAGUAAAGUCAGUAAAGUCAGCGACAAAGGAAGAUGUAGUCAAGGAAAAAUCGUCACCUUCAAAACCUCCACAACCCAAGAAUUCAUACUUCCAUGCCUUUGGUCUACCACCAAUGUUUCAAUGCACCAAUGAUGAAGACAAACAGUUGAACACAGUUGACACCAUGCCUCAAGAACCUACUGAAGUGAACUCUCUCCAAAAUACAACCAAAGAUGGCUCUCUCCAAAUCCUACCGAAAAAUGGCUCUCUCAACGCCUCUAAAGAUGCAACCGCACAAGGUUCUGCUGUUGCUGCAGACAACAAAGAGGCGAACGAAAGUGUCGUCGAGAAUUCCAAGUCGUCAUCUACCGGCGAUUCGACUACCGGAGAUUCGUCUUCCGGGGAAACUUCGACGUCAGACACUGACGAAAAGAGCAAUGCUUCAAAGAGCACUAAAUCGUCUACUAGUGCAUCAAACUCAAAGACUUCAAAGACUUCUUUCGAGUCAUCAACAGUUGCCAACGAACGAGACAAGGCGCUUACGGGCAUGGCCCUCGAUCCCAUAGCCCGCUUUCCUACGUUACCAUUUACGCAGUCUAUGCCGGCAGUUGCAACAUCUGAAAGCUUUGGGAAGAGCACCGUGAGAAGCGUCCAUAGCUACGAGGUGGAUUCCAUGACCACCGAAGAGAAAAAGACUUUGGAAAACUUGUUGUUGAACGGCUUUGAUCCAAGCAUGGGUACAACACCCACCACUACCGCCUAUGACACUGAUGAAGCAAGUAAAACGACCUACUCAACGUCUUACAUGACUACAUACCAGCCUCAUGAUGACACCACCAUCUCAACCAGGAUGACUCUUUCUGCCGACAGUGACACAAGGGCUGGAAAAAUUCUUAUUGUCGGCCGAGAGGCUGCAGAUUUAAAAGCGACCGACCCUUCUUCGGCAGACAAGGAGGAACCGGAUAGGGAUUCAGAGCCAGAGGUUGCUAAAGAAGUACCCCCUUACGUCUCCACAGAACUUGACGAUGAGAAGGUCAAUAAGGCGAUUGCCGCUGCCAUUGCAUUCGCUGAAGCUAUGCCGCCUGAAGAUGAAGGUCAUCGGAUAGUGGAAGCACCACCUGUUGCACGGUUGAGAAGAAAGCUUCAGGGAUGGACUGGCAAGAAGAAGAAGAAAAACUCCAAAGAACCUGUUGCGCUUGUGUUACCCGACAUGAGUGCCAAGCAACCAAACAAGCCCAGACGAAGACGACGCAAGUCCUCCAAUUUGUUCCGCUCCAUCGCAAGGUAUGUCAGGAAUCAACCUCCCUCACUUCCCGUUAUCUCUGAAGGUCCUGAUCAUAUUGAAGAUGAAGAAUUGGCGGACGACAACACGAGCGCAACGCCGGAAGACCACAAUGUGCAAGAGGCGGAGUCUGAUGAAGGCGAAGCAUUCUCUGAUGAGCGGGCGGCCUCCCCGGCCAACGAACACGAUGAAGGCCCCGAGAACAGUGCCGUCAAGCAUAGAAGCAGUAACGAGGAGGGGGUACGGAUCGGUAAAAGCAAUCACGCAGAAGACGACUUCAUCGCAGCUGCUUCGCGCAUUGCUGCGGUCGUGAGCCUGGAUGCGAACCUCCCUUCUACGACAAAGGCAACUCAAGACGUAGCACGGGCAAAGAGCUAUGAUCCCUCCCCUCGAAAUCAAAUGAACAAAGAUGAACCACAAAAGUUUGUCAAACAAGCCAAUGGCGCCGAGGACAACGAGACCGACGCAGUUGAAGUUGAAGACUUUAAUCUCGUUGAGGAAUCUGAAGCGUUGUCGUUCCUCAUGAGCAAGCUUUCACCGAAAGACUUGAGCUUUGACGACCAGAAGUCGACACCUGGAUCAUUGGCCGAUUCACGAUCGUUCCUCCUGAGAACACUCACGCCCAAAGACUCGAGCCAUGACGACCAUCCAGUCGGAUCACUCGCCGGCCAGGAGGCAGACAAAGAAGCACUGAAGGCACUUCUUACAUGUAGCGGUGAACAAGUCAGCGUCGACGAGUCCUUUAGCUUUGGGGACCAAGAAAUCGGCACUGAGCUGACUUUGAUCAUGACAGAUAAGAGCAUUGGGACAGCCGCCAACGAAGCUGGUGCUUUGCCUGUCAAUGUUGGAGCUCUUACAGCUGCGAAUGAACAUGGCAGCGACGAUGAAGACGACGAAGACGACGGCGAUGACGAGGCUUCCUUAUCCCAGUACGAAGAAAAGAACAUUUUGACGUUCAAGAGAUUCUUCAAAUUGGCAUAUUCCCGAAACCAAGAAGGCGGUGGAAGAGCUCGAUCCCCGCUCCUUUCCGAAUACGGGGCCGAAGGAGAUGGUAAGCGGCCGUCGUCGAGACGGCCAACAAGCCCCGGGAGCCCUGUGCAGACAACGAAUAGGAAAAGGAUCAGUAAACAUUCGCUGGUCGAUGAUCUUGAUCGCGAACCCACGAAGUCUUGGAACGACUUGAAGAGCAAAUCUUCAGUCUCCGCCUCGGCUGAAGACUUUGAUGUUGCAACAACAGAGAAACGGUCAGAGCGGAAGUCACCACCAUUCGAUAAGAAAAGUAACCACGCGAGGCUUUCCACAAAAGCUGCCAACAAAGCAAUGCGACGUGUCUUCAACAUGGCAAUGCCUCGCAGGCAGAAGGAGAAUCGUGACGCUGGCUCUAGUAGCCGGCAUGCAGGAGCCACAAGCGGACGUGACGGGUCCGAUGGUCAAACCAAAGCUCCUUUGCAACACUGGGGAUCGAUGGAGCAGAGAAUCAACGAAUCCCUCCAAAAAGCUGAGGCUUUAGCUGAUCAGUUCGAGGUUACGGAUGACCUCCAAGAUCUCCACAAUAUGCUGCUUCGUGCUGCUAGCUCUCGCGGGUGCCUUUCCGGUGUCUCAUCAGACGGCGGCAUUGCUGUUGAAGACUCAGAGAGCCAGGAGUGGAGAGAAAUGGAGCGAAGGAUUGAUGAAUCCCUGGAGAAAGUGCAGGAGCUUGCUGGCAGGAUGGGUGUGCAAGCUACCGGUACCGAGGACCGGUAGGCGAACAUGGGUAUAUGUAAUAACAACAAACUUUGAACUUCCCCUAACUUCCAUAAGAAAGUACUAUAUCUUCC